UGCGGGGCCGGGACGCGGCUGCUGGAGGCUGUGCGGGCGCGGGCUGGUGAGCUCGCGGCUGCUUGGAACGUUCCCGGCCCGAGCGUCCCAGCCGCGCUGGCGCUGGGCGAGCCGGCUCGCUCCUCACGUAGGCCCUGGGCUCGCCUGGAUGCUAGGCAGAGAAGGCAGGUGCGAUUGCGGCGCUGAUCUCCUUGUUCCCCCUCGGCAGCUGUGCCUUGUGCUGGGUUUCGUACCCAGCCUCGGUUAUGGCUGCAGGACUCUGCAGGGAGGUUCCAAUCAUGGCAGCUUACACUUGCAUCACUUGUCGUGUGGCUUUCAAGGAUGCUGAUAUUCAACGUGCUCAUUACAAAACUGACUGGCACAGGUAUAACCUGAAGCGGAAGGUUGCUGACAUGCCUCCCAUCACUGCCGAGAACUUCCAAGAGCGCGUCCUAGCUCAGAGGGCGGUGGCAGAGGAGCAGAGCAAAAUCACUGCCACGUACUGUACAGCCUGCAGCAAGCGGUUCUCCACUUUCAAUGCUUAUGAGAAUCACCUGAAGUCCAAGAAGCACCUGGAGCUUGAGAAGAAAGCUGUUGAGGCCAUCAGCAAGAAGGUGGAAACCUUAAAUGAGAAAAACCUGGAGAAGGGGCUGGUCCCUGAAAACCUAAACAAAGAUGCCAUGAAUGCAGCCAUUCAGCAAGCCAUCAGGCCCCAGCCAUCUUCCUCGCCAAAGAAGAUACCCUUUCUUCCCAGUGACACAAGCAGCUCUCCAGCUCCUGCUGGAGGUCCCAGUCUCUCUCAGAGCAGAGAGCGACUGGAAAAGCCUCCUCGGAUCCAGUGGUUUGAACAACAGGCAAAAAAGUUGGCGAAACAGCAAGUAGAACAGGAGGAAGAAGAUGAAGAUAUGGAGGAAGGCAAGAACCAGCAAGCAGAAGGCUGGGAGGAUGUGUAUUCAGAUGAAGACUUAGAGGCUGAAGGUGCUGAGAUGGAAGAUGAGGAAGAAGAUGAGCAGAUUGACACUGAAGGAACACCAGCCAUGGGUGCAAUACCAGCCAUGGACUGCUUGUUUUGUCUUCACCAUUCAAGCUCUCUCAUGAAAAACGUGGCCCACAUGACAAAAGUCCACAGUUUCUUUAUUCCAGAUAUAGAAUACCUCAUGGAUCUCAAGGGGCUGAUUAAGUACUUGGGAGAGAAAGUUGGCAUUGGGAAGAUCUGCCUGUGGUGUAAUGAGAAGGGUAAAUCCUUCUACUCGACAGAAGCUGUGCAGGCUCACAUGAAUGACAAAAGCCACUGUAAGCUCUUCAUAGAUGGGGAUGCAGCCUUGGAAUUUGCAGACUUCUAUGAUUUCAGGACCAGUUACCCUGAAUACAAGGAAGGGGAGGAUGUGGAAAUGUCUAAAGAUCUCUCAUCAGAGAAAAAUUUAGAAUACGACGAUGACACGAUGGAGCUGAUUCUCCCUUCAGGUGCCAGAGUUGGUCACCGUUCUUUGAUGAGAUACUACAAGCAGCGCUUUGGUUUGUCGAGAGCAGUGGCUGUUGCUAAAAAUAAGAAGGCUGUGGGCAGGGUGUUGCAGCAGUACAGGGCUUUGGGCUGGACCAGCGGGACAGGGGCAGCAUUAGCACAAGAGCGUGACAUGCAGUAUCUGCAGAGGAUGAAGGCUAAGUGGAUGCUGAAGACAGGAAUGAGUAACAACGCUACAAAGCAGAUGCAUUUUCGGGGGCAGGUCCGGUUCUGAACCCCAACUCCCCCCCAUGCGCUGUAUGGAGCUGCUGUUAUGGGAGGAGAUUUUGAUAGUUUCUGGCAUGAGGAUUCAGUAAUCCAAAUGGACCUGGUUCCUGAUCGAUGGAUUCUUCAGUGCUGGAGGUCCUCCUCUUCUCUGACGAGCUCUGGAGACUUUGUCUAGUCUAAUGACCUGAUGGUUGGCCUAUCAAAUUUUAAAUUUAAAGUAUCUUGAAGGAUGUGGUAAGGGUAGCCACCUCUGAUUUAAUUACAUUAUGUGCAUCCUUUUAUUGUUCUUCUGCAGCAGAUUCUUGUUAACAGAUGGUUUUCUGGUACCUUAAUUGUAUGACAGAAAACUGGAAAUUUCAGAGGUGGGAGGUGGCAGAGAGGGAGCUGAAGUCAAAGUUCUACACAUACAAACGAGAGAACUGUAAGGCGGGAGACCAGUCCUUUAGCUCUUCCAAAUUAGUAUGGAAAGUGGUUUCCCUUUAUAUAUUUGCAAAAGAGUAUUUAGAGCUGCAUUUAUAGACGUUUUAAACGCGCACUGUAUCAAGCAGUCGUGCAAAAGACACUUUAACCUGGUGCAUUAAAAAUCCUUCCUUGGGUGUGUAUUCAGAAAAGCUUUUUGGAACACUGAAUUUUCAGCAUGUGGAGAGUGACAAGUAAUCUGUUCAGUUGUAUUCAGAUUGUGGAGGGAUUUUGGUUCCAGUUGUUUGAAGGAAGGACUGACUGAAAUCCUAAUUUCAGUGCUUUGGACAAUGAAUAUUUUUUUACCCUGUAAAAUUCAGCCUACUAUCCCUUGUUUCCAGAGAACACUGGAAGGUGGGGCAGGGGAGGAGGUUGAUUAAAAAUGUUACAGUACUCCAUUUAGGCUUUAAUUUAAAAAUAUUAUUUCACAUGCACACUUACAAUCUUGAAUGCUUGAAAUAUUUAUUUAAGCAUGUGCCUUUCUGUCAUUUUACCUCCUGCAGGCCUAUAAUGGAUUGGUAAGGUUACACUAAUGACCUUACUGAUUAACUCCAAUAUUUAAUCUUGUUCUCUACUUCUAAAAACCUGUCCCUGACCUGCUCUUGUACUGUUCUGUAUCAUCUUAAUAAAAAUGUAUGCAAAUGCCAGGUCACCAUUUAGAUGCACGUGGAGCUUUUCAAAAGGAUUGGCUAUAAAGAAGUGUCCAAACAAAAUAAAGAUUCUUCUCAACCAGCCAACUGAGAGUUAAAACUGUCUAUGCAUUUAGGAGAACAAGACACGGGUCAUAUCAAUUCUUCUUUUACUGCUGCACAGUUAAAGGUCUGUCAUGAGCAGUUUGAAGAAUUCCAUGUUCCUCUCACUGGUUAGUUUGUUAGUGUUCCAGGAAAGACAGUACAUGUAUUCAUUAAGAUUACAAGGAUGGUGCAGAGAACAGCAUGUAUUUGGGUAUGUGGAAGCGUAUCUGCUCAGCAUACAUCACUGCUACCUGAAUUAAUACAGGGCAUGGUUCAGAUCCAGCUUCUGUUUCCUGAAAUUAAUCCAAUAGCUUCUGCCGUAGAGUGUAGUUGGUUUAGAUUGCUAGGUAAGGCUCUAACUCUUUCCUGAGAUUGUGUCUAUAACUAGGGGCGCCUAUACAUGUGUAGGGAGGCUGCUCCGACACAUUGUAAUUACAGCGUGUUGGAGCAGAUUUGAUUAAUCGAGUCUGCUGAAGCGUGGUAAUUACUGUGCUACAGCAGACUCCAGUGUCACGUG